CUUUCGCGUGAGUAGACGUGAGGGAGGGGUGGCGCGCUCUGGUGGCGAAAAGCGGAAAACUUUCUGAAUUAUUUCGUAUUACAGUUUUCAGUGUCGGUUUCGAGUCAGUGGUUUCGCGCGGUAAUUUAAAGUGAUUUGAAGUUUCAGUGGCGUUUUCCGUUGCAGGGAGGAGUAUUUUUCGGAAGUGUAUCCUGUUCUUUAGAAAAGAAGUGUAUCCAGCUCUUUAGAAAAGAAUCUCCCUCCCCGAUGUGGAGGUUAGAGUGAGACAACACACACGAUGCGGCGAUGGGCUCUGCUCAUACUCACACUUAUAUGCGUAUCUGUGAAGGACAUCGCAGGUAGCUGGGAAGAAUGGUGGACGUACGAUGGUAUUUCAGGUCCGGGGUUCUGGGGCCUGAUCAACCCGCAAUGGAGCAUGUGCAACAAGGGGCGGCGGCAGAGCCCCAUCAAUGUGGAACCUGACAAACUGCUGUUCGACCCUUGGCUCAGAGAUAUACAGUUUGAUAAACAUAAGGUCAGCGGGGUCCUCCACAACACGGGCCAGUCCCUCGUGUUCCGAGUGGAGAAGGACUCGAAGCACCAAGUGAACAUCAGCGGGGGCCCGCUCUCGUACCGCUACCAGUUCGAGGAGAUCUACUUCCACUACGGGCUGGAAGACAACAGGGGAGCUGAGCACCAGAUCGAUAAACAUACGUUUCCUGGUGAAAUCCAGCUGUAUGGCUUCAACAAGGAGCUGUACCACAACAUGUCGGAAGCUCAGCACAAGUCACAGGGCGUCGUCGGAAUAUCUUUAAUGGUCCAAAUUGGUGAACCAACCAACAAAGAGCUGAGGCUUAUCACAAGUGCAUUCAAUAAAGUCAUUUACAGAGGGUCGUCAUUCCCCAUCAAGCAUCUGCCGCUCAGCUCUCUGCUGCCGAGCACGCAGCAGUACCUCACGUACGAGGGCUCCACCACGCACCCCGGCUGCUGGGAGACCGCCGUCUGGGUUAUCUUCAACAAACCCAUCUAUAUCUCUAAACAGGAGAUGUACGCGCUCCGGAGACUCAUGCAGGGCUCGCAGCUGACGCCGAAGGCUCCGCUCGGGAACAACGCGCGCCCCGUGCAGCCGCUGCACUACCGCACCGUGCGCACCAACAUCAACUUCAACAAGAUCUCGCAGGGCACAAGCAACUGUCCAGAUAUGUACCGAAACAUGCAUUACACAGCACGGUACUCGCGCAAGGCACGGUCCAGAAAGAGUGUUGCAUGCCGCAAAGAGAAUGUUGUAAAGAAAUGCCACAAGAAAUAGCGACUCAAUGGCCGAGGGAACACAGCAUGCGAUACCGGAGCAUCGAAGAUCUAGAAAUGUUAUCACCAGCUUAAAGCCUCAUCUGUGGGGUUACCACCACCGAACAUUAACAAUUAAAAUGCUUAGCAGCGUCGUCGCUCGCUUGUCAAAUAUGAUGUAUAGUGCGACAAACUUAUCUGUUCCGGUGAGAGCGAACUAAAUUGAUCCGUAUCUCAUUAUUUACUAAUG